ACGUCCGCAGUCAUGGGUACCAAGUAUAGACCGUUACUAUUUCUACUCCUCGCCGCUUAUUUUCAGGCGCAAUUUACCCCUUGCUCAUGUUAUCCGCUUGGGGACGAUAAUGUGGUUACGGAGGAAGUUGAACCAUCAAACGCAGACACCGAUGACGGCAAGGCAGACAUUGUAAAGAAGAUCCAGGAAAAAGAGGCCGAAAUCGUCAAGCUAAGGGACAGCAUCGAAAACGUAAUUUACAAGAAGUCAAACGAGACCUACGCGAGGAAGAUGAAUGAAAUGAAAGGAGAAUAUCGAGAAUAUAUCUCUUUAUACGAGGAGAAUAAAACGGAGAAAGAGAAGUUGGCGGACCUCGAGGAAGAUUGUGCGGAGACAGUCGACAAAGUUGAUCAGGAAAUCCGCAACCUGAAAAACCUGAUUCAGCGCAGUCGAGGGGACCCCGAGAGGAUGUUAGACCUGAUGGAAGAAUUGGAGAAGAAGGAGGAUUUGCGUGAGGGGAUCAUGGAAACCUUUGAGAGAUAUAAGCAGCCCAUUAGACGCGGGGUACAAAUCCGGACUCUUAAUAUACAGAUUUUUCGCGAAAAGUUCAGGCGAGUAAAGAGGGAGAUCGAACAUGGGGCACGCGCUGAAGUUGGCGAAGUUAAAGAUGAAAUUGAACGCACCCAGAGAGAAAUAGAGAAGUUGAGAUCGAAAUUGGAUACAGCCGAAGGUUAACAACAAGAGUCGCGUUGAAGUGAGGGGGUUUUCCAGGUUUUCUUCCACGGAAAAACUGGUUCUUUUUCUAAUUUAAAAAAGAGGAGAAGGAAGAAAAAAAAGGAAAC